AAGGAGACCGAUGUUUAUGACGAAGAGCUCGUCGACUACGAAGAAGAAGAAGACAAGGCCCUCGACUCCGUCGGAGCUAAAGUCAAUGGCGAAGCUCCCAAGAAGGGAUAUGUAGGAAUACACAGUUCAGGGUUCAGAGACUUCCUUUUGAAACCAGAGCUUCUACGAGCUAUUGUUGACUCUGGGUUUGAGCAUCCUUCUGAAGGUAAUAUAUUACUGUCACUAUCUUGAUUUCAGAGAACUGGUUUGAUUUAGUCGUGCAAUAAAAUAAGAUCGGAGGCAUUAUGUUUUACUUACCAAUGGUUCCUUCGACCCGGUUUUCUUUGGUUCUUCAUCAGUGCAACACGAAUGUAUCCCUCAAGCUAUUCUGGGUAUGGAUGUUAUAUGUCAAGCUAAAUCUGGAAUGGGAAAAACUGCUGUUUUUGUUCUGUCAAGUCUGCAGCAGAUUGAUCCUGUGGCGGGCCAAGUUUCUGCCCUUGUUCUGUGUCAUACAAGAGAGUUGGCUUAUCAGAUAUGUCAUGAGUUCGAGAGGUUUAGUACCUACUUGCCUGAUCUCAAGGUUGCGGUCUUUUAUGGAGGUGUCAACAUCAAACUCCACAAAGAUCUACUGAAAAAUGAGUGCCCCCAUAUUGUUGUUGGAACUCCUGGAAGAAUAUUAGCACUGACCAGAGAAAAAGAUCUCUCCUUGAAGAAUGUGAGGCAUUUUAUUCUAGAUGAAUGUGACAAGAUGCUUGAAUCACUUGACAUGAGGAGAGACGUGCAAGAGAUUUUCAAGAUGACACCUCAUGAUAAGCAAGUCAUGAUGUUUUCUGCAACACUUAGCAAAGAAAUCCGCCCUGUGUGCAAGAAAUUUAUGCAAGAUCCUAUGGAAAUCUAUGUUGAUGACGAGGCCAAGUUAACCCUGCAUGGGCUUGUACAGCACUACAUCAAGUUGAGUGAGUCGGAGAAAAACCGCAAGUUGAAUGACCUCCUCGAUGCGUUGGAUUUCAAUCAAGUUGUUAUUUUUGUUAAAAGUGUGAGCAGAGCUGCUGAGCUGAACAAGUUGCUUGCAGAGUGUAAUUUUCCCUCUAUAUGUAUCCAUUCAGGCAUGUCCCAGGAGGAAAGGUUGAAACGCUAUAAAGGUUUCAAGGAGGGGCAGAAUAGGAUUCUUGUGGCUACAGAUUUGGUUGGUAGAGGAAUUGACAUUGAACGUGUUAACAUUGUCAUUAAUUAUGACAUGCCAGAUUCUGCCGACACCUAUCUGCACAGGGUUGGUAGAGCUGGUAGGUUCGGCACGAAAGGGCUUGCCAUAACGUUUGUUUCUUCUGCCGCCGAUUCUGAUGUUCUGAAUGAUGUUCAGGAGAGGUUUGAGGUGGAUAUAAAGGAGCUUCCAGAGCAGAUUGAUACUUCCACGUACAUGCCAUCGUAAAAGGAGGGAGUGCGGUGCGGACGCUUGGCAUGGAAAGCUUCAUCUGCCCAGAGCAAAGCGCCUUCUGCCUUCAUUUGUCUUUGAACUAAUGUUGGGCUUAAGAGUCGGAUGCUCUUGUAUUGUGUAGUACACACUUGAUUUUUUUAGUUUAUUCACGAUCCUAUGCUAGGUCUUUUUAUACAAAGGCAUUUUAAUUUGGCAUAUAUUUGCGGGUAUUUAUGUAUUGUGAUUAGAUCCAAUCCUAAAAGUCAUACUCACCUGGUAGUGUGUUUGAUCAAAUUAAUUUUGGUUGAUUGUA